GAAACUCGUGCUUUUCCAUGGGAUUCGGAGGUGCAACGCAUCAAUCGCAGCGUCUUCAAGAACUUCGCCUUCAGACCCAUGCAGGAUCAGAUGGUGCAACUGCAAGCCCUUGGAAUUGAAUGUCGGGCAUUUACAUCAAACCAGAGCUGGGAAGAACAGCGUCAAGUGUAUGAAGAGCUACCGGAUUAUUGCCAGCUUCGCCGUUUGAGAGAAGAAUUUCCCAACGUGCCGAUAGUCGCUUUGACAGCAACAGCAACGGUAGCCGUUCUUCAGGAUGUUCAGCGGCAGCUCGGCAUGAAGCAGCCUGUGAUUUUUCAGCGCUCCUUCGACAGACCAAAUCUCAGAUAUGAAGUCUUGCCAAAGCAGCGACUGCGGUGGGUACAGCAGGUAGUAGAACUCGUAAGGGAUAACUUCAAGGGAGUUUGUGGAAUCGUCUAUUGCCUGAGCCAGAGAGACUGCGAGAAGGUGGCAGAAGGUUUGGAGGAUGCAGGCAUAGCCGCAGCGUUUUACCACGCGAAGCUCGAUGCAGACCGCAGGGAGCAGGUGCAACGUAGCUGGAUGGAUAAUCGAAACAAGGUGAUUGUCGCAACCCUGGCCUUUGGCAUGGGAGUUAACAAGAAGGAUGUGCGCUUCGUGAUUCAUACUGCGAUGCCAAAGUCUCUGGAGAACUUUUACCAGGAGUCGGGAAGAGCAGGACGUGAUGGAGAGGAAGCACAGUGCAUCUUGCUUUAUGAUUACCACGACAAGCAGCGUCAAACCUUCUUGAUGCAAGCUGGCAGGUAG